GUUGCCGAGGAUGUUUGGGAGUUUCUUUUGAGAGGAGAGUCUGAGAACACGAUUUGUAGUUUUGAGGCAUCUGACGGAGAACUAAAAUUAGAAAAUGUUCUUUACGGAGAUAUUUGGAUUUGUUCAGGACAAGGAAACAUGGAGCAAAACAUGCUGAAUAUUGAAAAUGCUGCAGACGAAAUAGAUGCUUCUGAAGUUUACACAGAUAGGAUUAGGUAUACUAUUGUAACAAACCAAGCGCUGGAGGAAACAGAUGAUAAUUAUGAUCAAACCCAUUCUCUUUCUUGGUCUCCAGCAGAGGAUCUAGAGAGUCUUCAGUCCAUGUCGGCAAUAUGCUUCCUGUUUGCUCGGUCUGUUUAUGAUGUUACUGAGAUACCACAAGGUCUUGUCUCUGCGGACUGGGCUGGUACUCCUAUCGAGUCUUGGUCUGAUCAAGAGACACUGGACGAAUGUGGUAUUCCUGCAAGUGUUAACGAAGGUACUCCAGCUUAUACCACCUCCUCCCUAUGGAACGGAAUGAUAAAUCCUCUGAAACGGAAUGCUGUCACCGGAUUCCUCUGGUAUCAAGGAGAGGCUAAUGGAGAACGGAAUAGAGAUCUAUAUAACUGCUCUUUCCCGGCCAUGAUCUCCGAUUGGAGGGAAGAGUUUUCAGCUAAUUCAGCAACUUCCCCUGAAGCGCCAUUUGGAUUUGUCCAGCUUUCUACAUGGCGGCCUGACAGUACAGAUGCUGGGUUUCCGGUCAUAAGAUGGCAUCAGACUGCAGAUGUUGGGUAUGUUCCAAAUGAUUUGAUGAAAAAUGUGUUCAUGUCUUCACCCCUAGACACAUUUGACCCAGCUGGUGGCAUUUGUCCCAGAUAUAAGCAAAUUGCUGCUGAAAGAUUGGCAAUCGCUGGCCUCCAUGUUGCCUAUGGGUUUACAGAUUUCCCAACAAAUGGUCCUUUUCCAAUCAACAUAGGGCUAGCUCAACCUGAAAAAGAGCCUGGAGAUCUUGUUUUUGUUGACUAUGAUCAGGAUUUUCAAUAUCUUGACGUAGAGAUCAGUGGAUUCUACUACUGCUCCUCUGAACCUGCUGAGUGUGAUGCAGGGAGUAAUACCAAUAGUUGGAUCGAGAUCCCUAAAGAGUCUGUUCACCAAAUUGGUCAACGGACAAUCACAAUCGACCUGUCUGGAUUCUCGAACGUGUACGAGGGGUCAAUUGGAUAUUUAUGGCGAGAAACCCCUGUCAAGGAACUUCUUGGUCUACCCAUCUACGCAGCAGACGAUUUCAAACUACCCUCCCCACCUUGGAAGAUGAAAAUUUUGAAUUAGAUUAAUUUCAUAUAUUUAAUAUUUUUUAAUUUUAUGAUUAAUAAAUAUUUUUCAAUUUAAAGAAAACAAUGAUAACAGGACUC